CUUGCUGAUUUUGCUGUCGAAGGAUAGUAGCUGAAGCGGAAAAGAAGAAUCUAAAUUGAGACGGUGAGUUUGGAGAGGUGAGAGCAGAGGGUGCCUUUAAGUCCCGGAUGUGGAGUGGAAUUAGAAAUUAUGUUUAAUGUCCUCCGGUUGGACAGAGAGAAACGCAGCAUGAGGCUGGCCACUCUCCUGCUUCUGCUGGCUCCAGCCCUCGAAGUGAUCGCACCCACACCCGUGCAACCAGUGGAGGGGGAAGCCGAGUUCACAGACACACCUCUGCAAGAGGUGGAGGAGGAGACGGUGUUCACACCCACACCUGUGCUAGAGCUGCAAGAGGAAGACGCCAGCACAGGGUGGAUGGAGGCGGGGGUGGAAACAUACUGGUCUGGGACAGCCCCUCUCUGCAUGGGGGGUUGUAUGGGGAAACACACAGAGCUCAGGAGAGAUCCAUGCGGGGAUUCCAGCUGCUGCUGGGUGGGGUACAAGUCCCUCUGCAGAGUGACCUGUGGGAAACCGGAUGCUGACUUCAAUGCUGUGGUCUCUGGGAGCAGCUGGUGGGUGGGCUCAGUUGUGAGACACACCUGUCGUCCUGGCUUCCUGCUCAUAGGAAAUUCAUCCAGCACCUGCCAGCCCAAUGGCAAAUGGACCCCCAAACCCACUUGUCUUCGUAUAUGCCAGCAGAAUCGCCUGGAGAUUAACGAGAGGGACAUCGACGGAAACUGUUCCUCUACCUGCUCCAUGAAAGCCUAUGCCGGUUUGCCCAAGCGUGGCUGUGUUAAGAUUGACAACUGUCAGUCCAAGGAGCCAGGCUGGAAGCGCUGGUUCACGGCAUGCGACAACUGCGUGUGCGACUGCUAUGCAUCCUGCAUAUCUUCAGGAUGAAGAAAUGUGUUUCGGUGGUACAUUGGGAUUUGGGACAUUGUAAAAACCAUCAAGCUCCAAGAAGAUACUAAUGGAAGCUUGCUUACACAACUGAAACCAAAUUCCUUCUUUCAACUCAAAUUCAUUAUCAUUAUAUGUCCGUAAAGAAUUAUGUGCAAGAGACAUCACUCCAUGCUGUGAAGUAUUUCAUACCAUUGCUGUA